CAGGCAAAUCUUGAACUCCUAACCUCAGGUGAUCCACCAACCUCGGAAUCCCAAAGUGUUGGGAUUAUAGGCGUGAGUCAUCAUGCCCAGCCUCCACUCAACUUUUCUGAGCCCCCGUUCCUCAUCUGCACACUGUGCUCACACUGCCUCCAUUGUGGGAAAACUGAGAUGUGCACACAAGUGUCUAGCGUGAGGAUAGGACAACUAGGGUUGCUGCCACUUCGCCAUCGCCACAGGCCCCCACUGGUCUCAUAAUUCAAAGCACCCCCUGCCACCUGUGAAGCAGUCCUGUACUGGCUGAAAUCAGCCCGUGUUCUAGAAUCUUGUCCCCUCCCUGUCCUUCCGGUUCUAGAAUCCCACUGCUACUCCAGGCCAGGCACUCUAGAAUCAAAGGCGCUGAUGCUUUUCCUGGGCAGGGCUUGCUUGCUGCAGCUCUCAAGUCUGACUUGCGUGUACACUGUGGGCAAGAUGCGGCUGCGGGACCGCAUCGCCACAUUCUUCUUCCCAAAAGGCAUGGUGCUCACCACGGCUGCACUGAUGCUCUUCUUCCUACACCUGGGCGUCUUCAGCAGCGACAUGCACAACUUCUGCAUCACCCACCACUAUGACCUCAUGAGCUUCCACUACACGGUCGUCCUGAUGUUCUCCCAGGUGAUCAGCAUCUGCUGGGCCGCCACGGGGUCACUCUACGCUGAGAUGACAAAAAACAAGUAUACCUGCUGCUGUGCCAUGACCAUCCUGACCCUCAAUGGAGCAAUGUUCUUCAGCCGCCUGUCCUUGGAGUUUCUGGCCAUUGAGUACCGGGAGGAGAACCACUGAGGCCUGGGGAGCUGGAACAGGGCUGAGGAGGGGAAGGAAAAGGCUGCCUCGGGUGUUUUAAUAAAGUUGCUGUU